AUGACCAAGCGAAGCGCAGAACCCAUCGUUGCUCUCUGUGAAUGCCAGUCUGAAGACUGCGUCCCUGAGCCACCCCUCAAGAAGCGCCUGAAGCUGCUUCAAGCCGACUAUGAAGCCAAGCAAAGCCAGGCCAAUGCCGGCAACUCCGUCCCGCCCUUGAUCAAGUUGCUACCUGAAGUUGCCUGUGCCCUCGCUGAGAUCUCGGACGAUGAAGAUGACGACGAAGCAUCAGUUGCCACCGACAAGGGAUACGACGAUGCGUCAUCAGCAGCUUCUGUUUCAAGACAAUCACGGAGAAUUCCUACCCCACUCCCGACACGGCUGAUGCCCCUUCGGGCCCCUGCUCGGUUCUUGCCAUCAGCCAAGAAGAGUGUUGUUACCAAGCACAACUACUGCACCUCAGGAAAGCCUCUUGCCUGCCCUCCAAUGCUUCUUCGAAAGCCAAAUGCCCUGCUCAAGGAAAUUGAUUCCACCUUGCUGUGA